AUGUGGUACUAUAGAGAGAAGAACAUCCAACACAGUGCAAACAAUCCUUUAGCAUUUGACAAACUCCCUUCACCUAGAAAACUCUCAGUGGAUGUGAAAGGAGCUCACGGGAGGAGGCCGUGGCCCAGUUGGGGUGUCCUCUCCCUCCCAGAGAGUUUGGCUUUCGGCUUGCGCGAUUAAAACAAACUUCCUGGCUCCUGUGAGGCACGCAGAAGACCGACCUCAGGGCCACCAGCAUCGGGAGAAGAUGGUCCUCUUGAAGAUCUCUUUCUUGAUCUUAUGCUCUCUGUCUCAAGCCCGGCCAAAUGGGGAGCGGAGGUGGCCAACUGCUCCGAACCGUUGAGGGACGUCCCUCCCGAGUACGUGGUCAUCAUCCACACGGCCGGCAUUCCUUGCCGGACUCACGCCGACUGCCGCAACGAGGUGAAGAUGAUCCAGAAGUACCACAUGAGGCUCAAAGGGUGGUGCGACAUUGCCUACAGCUUCCUGAUCGGUGAAGAUGGCUACGUGUACGAAGGCCGGGGUUGGCGCAAUGAAGGAUCCCACACCUACGGCUACAACGACCUCUCCCUGGGGAUUGCGUUUAUCGGCACUUUUGUGGGUAGGUUGGUUGGUCCCCAACUUCAGAAAAAUCCUGAGGAAUCCCGGGGAAUAUAG